AUGGGUGACGAAAGAGACACUCCCGAUAACACCAUGGAGCUCACCUCCAAGAACCGUCUGCCUCAUGUCGUGACCCUAUCCACACCAGUGACCAACACGACUGACAAACAAAAUCGAGACGGCGAAUACACUCUCAGCACAGAGUGGGACUGUCCCCUCGACAAACUCGCUUCUUACACCGGCGGCAUCUACUGGAUCAACUGGACACUGAGAUCUCCAGCAGAAUACCAAGUCACAAAGCUACCCUCCAACAAAGACACGAACAUACACACAGUCCAAGUCGGAUGUAGAAAGUAUGCCGCCAAAAUAUCCAGUUCUCCCAAAGAUAUCGCAAAGGAGAUGCAAAACCACAUUUCGGUCCUCUGGAAAAUGCGUCUCUCAUGGGACGUAGCGACACGGGACUUUUAUGAGCUGCCUGAUGAUGAUGCGUCACAAACAAGCGCAAAAGCGAGACAUCGUCCCAAGCUUUACGAUGGGCCUUCUAUGCUCAGCAUCCCGGAUUUCGAGUCAGAGAUCAUCCAGCGUGAUCAUGAAGGACAAGAUCUUGCAACCACAGGAUACGUUACCGAAUUCAUUCCACCUAUGCACCCAGUCCACGUCCGCGCUCUUGUCGAUACAUCUCUUGAUCUCAAUAUUCGCGAGUCAGUCAAGAAUGAUUCAAACCUGUCAAAUGUCAGGUUUCGAGUUCACCUAGGCAAGACAUCUACUCCAGAAGAAGCCACAAGCACAAGACUCCUUUCUCGCCCCGUGUAUCUCGAUCAGCUCAUGCGCGAGGCAGACGGACCCCUGGAAACAUGGUGUGAACAGAUGGGUAUAGCUCUUGCAAUUCUCCACUGGGAUUGCAGGUUAGAUGCAACCGGUGUCAAGUUCUACCUCGCACCUGACGAAAGAAAGCGCGUGAGGCUGUGGAUGACCAACUUUGGCGACUGCAAGCCUCUGCAACCAGGUCAAGACGAAACACAAGCGAUGGCCAAAGCUGUUUAUAACAAUUCCGCAUGGCCACGAUCUCCAUCAUCCCGAAAUCAUGCCGUUUUAGAACAAUAUGACCAAGCGAUGUGUGCUUACAAGAGCUUCACCAUAGCGUACGCUCUAGCAAGUGAGAGGAUCUUGGCACAGGACUCGACGGAAUAUAUCAAGGACUACCCGAUUCGUUUCAUCCGCAAGCUGACUCACAUGACCCCAGCUAUAGACAAGUUCCAGGAUAAAUUGAAAGCAAUGAACCUGAAUCUCUGGAGGAAGAAAGAGACAUAG